GUAGUGUUUCUUUUUGUACCUGUCUGUCUGUCCUAGGCUGAGGUUGGCUGGUUAGUUGGUCGAUUGUGUGGUAUUUCUCUCUUUCUCGUCCUACUUCCCCCCUCCAGGACCCAGCCUCUAUUUCGACGCCUGUGAUUGUAACAUCUUCUCAACCUCUCUGGAGCGAUACAGGAAACCCUGAACAGGUGAUCAUGCUGCCUAAUUGGUCAAACAUGACCCUCCACCUGGAGGACUCUCUGACCCGUGCCCUGGGCCAUUAUCUUGACAACUGGAGCCGGAAUUCCUCGAAGGCAGAACAGGCUCUGGACAACACUCUGGCAGAGGAGAACUUCAGGAACGUCAUAUGGUAUCUGAUAGUGAUGAUCGGAAUGUUUGCCUUCAUCGUUGUGGCGAUCCUGGUGAGCACGGUGAAGUCGAAGCGGCGUGAGCAUUCUAACGACCCCUACCAUAAAUACAUCGAGGAAGACUGGACCGCCCAGCUCCAACAGCAGAGCUUCGUCAUCAACAACCCCACGGCCAACUAACCCAAUGUAUAUUCACAUGCCAUAUACAAACACCAGUGAUGGAAAAGUACCUAAUUGUCAUACUUGAGUAAAAGUAAGGAUAUCUUAAUAGAGAAUGACUCAAGUAAAAAUGAAAGUAACCCAGUAAAAUACUACUUGAGUAAAAG